CAACAGUAAUCGUGGCGAAGUCUUCCUCGUUACCAUAACGACCAGGGGGGCUGGCCUCGACCACGUGACCCAGAGCAGCAGCCCGAAGCCAAGGGUGCGCGCGAGCCCGCGCGUGCGUGCGGCGGACAGUUCGGCGGCCGCGGUCGAACCGAGCAGCUGGGCCGAACCUCCCCGUGUAGUCUGGAAUCACGACAACGAGGAUGGAGCUCUCGGCGAUGGGCGACCGCGUCUUCGCCGCCGAAGCCAUACUGAAGCGCCGCGUCCGAAAGGGAAGACUUGAAUACCUGGUGAAAUGGAAGGGAUGGGCAAUGAAGGAUAGCACUUGGGAGCCGGAGGAGAAUAUUCUGGAUGACAGGCUGAUACUAGGCUUUGAGCAAAAGGAACGAGAGCAGGAACGCAGCGGGCCAAAAAAGCGGGGUCCGAAACCCAAAAACCUUGCGAUAAAGGCUCAAAAAGGAGAAACAAGCACUCGAUGCACUAAAUCCCGGCAAGCGACAUCGCGUUCCACAUCCAGCCGAGCGACUCCUUCCUCCUCCUCCACCUCCGCCUCCUCCAUACCUCACCCUUUAGCGCCCACAUCCCCGAAGCUCAGCUCCCUGGCUGCAACCCACAAAUUAAAGAAAGACAUUCACCGCUGCCAUCGCAUGUCCCGCCGCCCCCUCCCCCGCUCCGACCCAAUGGCGUCCUCCUUCGCCGGGCCCGGCACCUUCCCGUCCCGCCCUCACGCUUCGCCGUUCUCCGAGACGGUGCGGAUCCUCAACCGCCGCGUGAAACCCCGCGAGGUCAAGCGGGGCCGCAUCAUCCUCAACCUGAAGUUCACGCCGGCCAGCCUGCUGCGACUGACGCAGAGGCACUCGACUCGGCUCCUCCCCUUCCUCCUCCCGGUCUCCUUGGCAACGCGCAGAGGAGAAAGCAGCUUAGCAACAACACAGCGAGCAUCCAGGCUGCUCGGUCCCACAGAGCGGGGGACGUCCUCGAAUACGAUGAAGUUCAUGGUGGUCCUGGUGGGCGCGGGCGCGCUGGCCUUCUUCGGCGCGGUCAUCUGCAUCUUCGCCAGCGUCUACCCCCGUACACGCGCCGCGAAUCUGGGCGACAACGGCACCCUGACAUCGGAGACGCUGCUCCAGCCCCUGGAGCGGCCCGCCGCGGUGGCUCACGCCGGUCCGCUCGGCGCUCUGCACGGCGCCGACUCCUACGGCGGAGGGAACGGACUCGGAGGCGGUUUGGGGCUCCACGCGCUGAACGAGCUGGACCUCGGGGAGACUGGCCGAGGCUCGUCCAAGCUGCUCAGCUACAGCCGACUCAUCUGCACGCCGGUUCCGCUCGGUGACUGCAAGGGGAAAGACGCGGGCCAGCAGCCGCAGGCGGACGACCCCCUCGCAGACGAGGAGUGGACCUUCCUCCGUACCACCGCGGAGGAGCUCCGGCAGAUGGUCAUGCAGCAGAACGACCAGAUCCUCAUGGACCAGAGGACCAUCCGGGAGCUGACGGGCAAGCUGAGCGAGUGCGAGAGCGGCUUGGAGGAGGAGGACGGCGAGAGGCCCGGACCCGAGCGGAACGUCGGCGUCUGGAGAGGCAACCGGCGGGUGAUGGCCGGGGACGACGUGAGCUCCUCGGCGGCGGCGCAGCUGCAGACGGCCCGGGCCGUGGAGGAGCUGGCCCGGGCCAUUAUGGACCUGAAAGACCGGAUAGAGAAGCUGGAGGCAGAGAUCGGCCCGGCUGCCUUGAACCUCACUGACACGUCUACCGGAGCGAGCAGCAGCAGCAGCAUCCCGGUGUCCACCAAACCACCCACGCCGCCCACCGGCAACGUCAACCCGGCUCCCCCGGGUCCGGCGGCAGGAGGCCCCGGGGCCCGUCGUCCCGGCUCUCACGCCUCCAAGCCCUUGCCCAAGGGGAUCCCCGGUCGUGGGAAGGCUCCCUGGAGGGUGGAGGACCUGGAGGGCGAGCUGGAGAGGAAAAUAAAGAUGCUGGAGAAGGAACGGCAGGCCAUUAGGAAGGAGACGCAGGGCCAGUACGAGAAGCUCAACCAGGGUUUGGACACCGCCGAUCACCGCGUCAGCGAACUGGAGCACACCCUCACGGAGCCAUCCUUCCCCGAGGGCUUUGUGCUGUCCUUCCCCAUGCGAACCAACUACAUGUAUGGCCUGGUCCGUAAGGAGAUAACCGAGAUGUAUGCCUUCACCGCCUGCGUGUGGCUGAAGGCUAAGGAAGGCGGGAUCGGCACGCCCUUCUCCUACUCUGUGCCCGGACAGCCCAACGAGCUGGUUUUGCUGCAGGGCGUUCACAACCCCGUGGAGCUGCUCAUCAACGAUAAGGUGGCACAGUUGCCGCUGUCCCUCCCCCAGGACGAAUGGCAGCACAUCUGCGUCAGCUGGACCCUGAGGGACGGCGUGUGGAAGGCCUACCAGGGCGGCAAGAUGAAGGGGCGAGGGGAAGGACUGGCUGCCUGGCAUCCCAUAAAACCUGGCGGGGUCCUCAUCCUGGGCCAGGAGCAGGACACCCUCGGCGGACGUUUCGACGCCUCCCAGGCACUGGUUGGUGAACUCUCCCAGUUCAACCUGUGGGACCGGGUGUUGAAGCCUGUUGAAGUUGCUGCUCUGGCGGAAUGCAGUUCCCCAGUCCUCGGCAACAUCGUCCCCUGGACCGAUCUGGACGUGGACGUAUACGGUGGCGCCACCAAAGAGUCCUUAGACCCGUGCCACGCUGCUGAAAGAUCCAAACCUUUCAGUCCCAAACAGUGAGGGGGGGGGAGUGGGGCGGAUACUACGAGAGCUCACGUGCGUGAGCUAUGUAGUCGAGGGGUGAAAUACUUUGGGAGCUCCGGCGUUUGUUCGGAGCUAGGGAGCUAACGGGACAGAGCUAAUCGGACAUUUAGAGCUGUUUUUCAUGUCGGUGUGUUAGGUGUUUAGUUCUAAAGUGAAAGUGAGGUUAGUCUCGGGAUUACCUAAACGGGGGAAUCGAUGGACUGACUAUCAGUGCUAAUUUGGGUCGACCAUCUCUGUGAAGUGAAAAACCAUACCGGACUCCUGAGGUCUUGGGGUUUUAGGGUUUUCAGGUAUAAUCACUGAUGAAGCAAAACUUUAGUGUCACCUCACGUUGUUGCUUCUGUUUAGAUGCGGAAACCGAGACGCGUGUUGACGUUUUUCAACGAGAAACAAUGACUUCAUGUCCGAUUGUAUCCUGUUCUGCAUACUUGUAGGUUUUAUACGGUAUCGUCCCUCUUACCAUUCGCUACAACGCUGAUCUUAUACUGUAAACGUGUAAUUAUCGUGUGUAAAUGUAGCCUGACUCAUUUUGCUCGCCCCCAGCGCCCCGCUGUAGCUCGACACGAUCUGCCGACGGUCAUAACUAGGUAUAAGCUGCGCUCUCGACCAAUCCCGACAUUGAUGUCAAAACUGUGAGCUCCCGAAGAUUAAAAUUGUACCUCGGCUAAACCGCAUAGAACAUUUUUUUUUUUUUUUUUUGUAUUUGCAUGUAAUUUUGAAGACUGCGUCAAAAGCAGUUCAGUGCCAGUCCCUUUUGUGCCUCUCAGUCAUCUUUUUUUUUUUUUUUUGCGGGGAAAUUGACUUUUACAAAAGAGCGUAUCACCAAAAAUACCAACCGAUUUCGACUAUUUCAACGAAAAUGAUUUUGUAUUUCACACUUUAUGACAGACUCCAGUGGGACCUCCGUACCGAGACGCACAUUUAAUCGAUUUCCCGCAAGUAAUAAUGGCUUUAAAUUUCGAGGAUUCAAUUGCAUGGUGCAUUUCUCUUAUAUUGCAUUGCGGUAAUAAAAUAUCAAAAGCAGCUAGUGUAAAGAUUCCUUUCUUUCGGAGGGAUUGUAGACGGUGGAAUUCAUUUGAAAUGUUGUUACCAUCGUUAUUGUUUCGAACAAUACCAUUUUGUUUCUUUCAUGGACAUUUUUGACACUUGCGUUCUGGGCAAUGGCAACUGUCAAAGGAGUGGCACACACAAGGAACUCAACUGUUCUUUUGGGGGGGGUGGAAUUCCAUCUAUCCAUUUUCUUUGCUGCUUAUCCUCACGAGUGUCUCGGGGAGUGCUGGUUCCAAUCCUAGCUGUCAGCGGGCAGGAGGAAGGGUACACCCCGAACUGGUUGCCAGCCAAUCGCAGGGCACAUCGAGACAAACAGCCGGACUCCCAAUCACACCUAGGGGCAAUUUCGAGUGUCCGAUUAAUGUUGCACGUUUUGGGGGAUGUGGGGGGGAAACUGGAGUGCCCAGACAAAACCCACGCAGGCACGGGGAGGGCUGGGAUUGAACCCGGGUCCUCAGAACUGUGAUGCCAACGCUUUCCCGGCUGAUCCACCGUGUAAUACGAAAGAGGAUUAACACUACAAUAAAACAUUUUACAUGUAAAAAAAAAUUACUAAAUAAAAUCAUAUUACAAGAAAAAAGCGUGGGAUAGGCUCCGGCACUUUUCGUGACCCUCGUGAGGAUAAGUGGCAAAGAAAAUGGAUAGAUGGAAGAAAAAAAGGUUGAAUUUUAUUUGAAUGAAGAUGUAAUGUUUAAAGUAAAAACAAAAAUCAAGUCCAUAUAACCAGAAAUAACAAAUAAAUAAAUUCAAAUAUCAUAUCCUCAUGAUAAUAGAUUUAUAUGAAGUGUAGGUUGCAAUUAUAUCAUAAGGAAAAUUGAAUAUUCCAAGGCCAAAUAAAGCCAGAAUAUUAUGAGGAAAGAAAAUUGUCAUUUUACAAUGAAAAUCAUAGUUUUACGAGAAUUAAAAUAUGAGAAUAAAGUUGUACAUGCGACUAGUCAUAAGAACUUUUUUUUUUUUUUUACUAAAUAUAGUACAAUCAUAAUAUGUGGGAGAAAAAAAAUUCAAACUGAUACUACCAGUAAAGAAAAAUUGCAAUUUUACAAGAAUUCAAGUAUUCUGAGUUGUAUUUGUAUGUGAUUGAAGUCGUAAUUUUAUGAGAAAAGUUGUACUCUUACAAUAAUAAUGUGCAAGUUUAUAAUAAAUUUCCAUGUCACAUGAAUAGAUUAACGCAAGUUUACUUGAAUGAAGUUGUUCUAUUUAAACAGGAAAAAAAUGUAAAUUUUACAACAAUAAGGUAGCUUUAGGAGCAUAAAUGUGUAAGUACAGCUUUUAUCUUAUCACAACAUUCACUCAUAAUGGUAUAAUUCAAAUCACAUGUUGAUUUUCCCAGAAUCUGAACCCCCCCCCCCAAAAAAAAAAAAAAAUCCCCUCUCUUUUCAGUCUCCCCCUCACAGCACCUCAGCACCACGACCGCCGCGUGUAUUUUCUUUUAAAAGUGCCUGUGUGGGUCCGAAACGCCCACAAACGGUAGUCGUCUUAUUUCCUUCGUGACCUUUUUCUCGCUCGACGUCAUAUUCGGGACCGUGACAGUGUUUGUCCUCCUUUGCGCCUCAUGCAUUUGAUAUUGUGAA